ACUGACCUGCCGGCUGACCUGACACGGACACACCUCACUUGCACACGUUACAGUACAUAGGACUGAAGACAAUAUGGCUACAGGUGGUAUGCGGUUUGGUAUGGCCAACGGAGAAAUGAACUGGGAUGCGGUAAAGGCCAUGGACGCGGUGACGCCGGCCGUCCAGGCUCAUCUCGUCGACGUGUACUCGCUGCUGACCUUUGGUGUGGCCAUGGCCGCAUUUGGUACCUUUACCCACCUGGCGUUCAACAUUGGUGGCGUGCUCACGACGCUUGGCGCUCUGGCAGCGCUGAUGUACAUCGGCGCGACCGACAAGAACGAUCAGUCGUCGCGCAAGGCCGGCUUUGUGGCCUUUACCUUUUGCAAGGGCGCAUCCAUCGGCCCGCUCGUCGGCCUUGUCCUCCUGCAGGACGCCUCGCUCGUCCUGAUGGCGCUUGUCGGCACCGUCGCCGUCUUUGCCGCCUUUACUGCCAUGGCCAUGUACGCCCCGCGCCGGCAGGUCCUCCUCUUUGGUGGCAUGCUCUCGUCGGCCAUCACUGGCCUCCUCGUCCUCUCCAUCGCUAACCUGUUCAUCGGCUCAUCGGCUCUCUUUACCGCCCAGCUCUGGGUCGGCCUCUGCGUCUUCUCCGGCUUUGUCGCCUUUGACACCCAGCUGAUGAUCGAGAAGGCCGCCCGCGGCGACCGUGACGCCGUCUGGCACGCCGUCGAGCUCUUCAUCGACUUUGUCGCUAUCUUUGUCCGCAUUCUCAUCAUCCUCUCGCGGAACAAGAAGAAGGAGAGCCGCCGCGAGCGCCGCUGAUCCCUCUAAACGCCAUUCCCUUCCAUC